AUGGCGCCGGGGGCCGGGGCGCCCUGGGCGGCGCUGCUGCUGCUGCUGGCGGCGCUGGCGCCCGCGCUCUCGGCCGCGGCUGCAGCUGAGCACCCACUGAAGCCGAGGCACGUGAAACUGCUGUCCGCUAAGACGGGCCUGAAAGUCACGUGGGACCCGCCCAAAGACGCCAGCAGUAGGCCCGUGGAGCGUUACAACAUUGCCUACGGGAAGUCCCUGAAAAGCCUUAAGUACAUCAAGGUGAAUGCAGAGACGCGGUCCUUCCUCAUUGAGGACGUGGAGCCGGGGGUAGUGUACUUUGUGCUGGUCACUGCAGAGAACGACAGUGGAGUGAGCCGGCCUGUGUACAGAGCGGAGAGCCUGCCUGGAGGUGAAUGGAUCCAGAUUGAUGGUCUCCCCAUUAAGGGUCCAGGACCAUUUAAUGAAACCGUCACAGAAAAGGAAGCGCCAAACAAGCCCUUGCGUGUCCGAGUCCGACCCUCAGACGACCGGCUGUCCGUUGCGUGGAAGGCGCCACGCCUGUCCGGAGCCAAGAGCCCACGCCGAUCGCGGGGCUUCCUCCUGGGCUACGGGGAGAGCGGCCGCAAGAUGAAGUACGUCCCCCUGGCCCGCGAGGAGCGGACGCACGAGAUCAAGAAGCUGGCCUCCGAGUCGGUGUACGUGGUCUCCCUGCAGUCUCUGAACUCCCGGGGCCAGAGCCAGCCGGUGUACAGGGCCGCCCUCACGAAGCGGAAGAUCUCAGAGGAGGAUGAGCUGGACGUCCCUGAGGACAUCAGCGUCCGCGUGAUGUCGUCCCAGUCUGUGCUGGUGGCCUGGGUGGACCCGGUGGUGGAGAAACAGAAGAAAGUCGUUGCGUCCAGGCAGUACACGGUGCGCUACCGGGAGAAGGGGGAGCUGGCGCGCUGGGACUACCGGCAGGUCCCCCAGCGGCGCGUGCUGAUCGAGGGCCUGCUCCCCGACACCAUGUACGAGUUCGCGGUCCGCCUGUCGCAGGGGGACCGAGACGGCAAGUGGAGCACCUCGGUCUUCCAGAGGACGCCGGAGUCCGCUCCCACUAUGGCUCCGGAGAACCUGCGAGUCUGGCCAGUCCACGGCAAAACCACGGCUGUCACCGUGGCGUGGGACGCCCUGCCUGAGACGGAGGGCAGAGUGAAAGAGUACAUCCUCUCCUACGCCCCUGCGCUCAAGCCCUUCGGAGCCAAGUCCCUCAGCUUCCCCGGAGAGACCAGCUCUGCCCUGGUGGACGGGCUGCAGCCCGGGGAGCGCUAUCUGUUCAAAAUCCGGGCGGCCAACAGGAGGGGAGCGGGGCCACACUCCAAAGCCUUCGUCGUCGCCAUGCCAACAACCAGGCCCCGGGAGGACACGGACAGCUGGAAGCAGGAGACCUCGCGGCCGUCCCCUGCGCCCCGGACCGCGGCCCCCCACGGCCGGCAGGCCCCGAGCCCCCCGCACCUGAAGGACCUGAAGGACGGGCUCCUGGCCCCCGGCGGGCCGCCCCGGAAGCCCCCGGCGGCGGAGCUCCCGGACCCCCGAGGGGACCCCCGGACGCUGCCCUCCCAGCCCAGGCCGCCGGGCAGGCCCGUCCACCCCGGCCCGGCCGGACGGGCCCCGGGGAGGGUCCGAGCGCCGGCGCCGCCCCGACAGGACAACGACUCGCUGGACGGCGAGGAGGACGAGCCGGCGCCCGGCUCCCCGGACCUCAAGGCCGCCCCCGAGGCCCUGCGCCCCAAGAGCGCGGCCGCGCGGCCCGGCCCGUGGCCCCGGGCCCCCCAGGCCGCCAGGCCGGCGCUGCCCGCGCGGAGGGCGCCCCACGCGGAGGCGGGCGAGGACGCACCCCGCGGGGGGACCCCCCGGCCGCCGCCCCCCGAGCCCCGCGGCCGGACGGAGGGCCCCGCCGCCCCCGCCACCAGGGCCGCCCCGGCCUCUCCGCGCCCGGCGCCCCGGACGCAGGCCCCGCGGAGGGCGGACGGCCACGGCCACGGCCACGGCGCCGGGCGGCCGGCCGAGGCCACGGCGCAGACGCUGCGGGCGGUCCCGGGCCACGGCCCUGCGCCCCGAGGCCGGCCCUGGGCCCCCGGCAGGCACCCCGGCCGCUCGGGCGCGGGCCGCGGGCCCCGGGUGCAGCCGGCCAGCGCCGCCGCGCCCACCCGCGCCCCCGCGGGGCGCCCCGCUCCCGGCCGCGGCGCGGAGGACGAGCGGCCGCUCCCGGCCACGGCGGUGCGGGGCCACGUGCCCGCCGCCCGGCAGCCCGGGCACCCGCUGGCCGGGCCCCCCGAGGCCCCGCCCCGCCCCGGGGCCAGCGCCCCCCGGCGGCGGCCCGCGGCCCCCCGCUCGGACCCGGAGGCCCAGUCCCUCCCCGGGGGCGCCGGCGGCGACGCGGAGCCGCGGGCCCAGGACCGCCCGGCGGGGGCCCCGGCCCUGGCCGCCCGGGCCCCGCCGUCCGCCUCCGCAUCGGCCGAGGACCAGGACGAGGACGAGGACUCGUGGCGUCUGAAGGGCGGGGAGGACCGGGACCCGCUGUCCUCGGCUCCCAGGCGGCCCCCCGCCCCCGGCCCCGCGGACAGGGCCGCCCCGCGGGGGGAGAGCCCGGUGCAGCGGCCUCCGGCCCCGGGCGGCCCCCGCGCCUCGCACCCGCCGCCCCGGCCCGCCACUCGCGCCCCGCCGGGCCCGGCGCCCACGCCCAUGCUGUCCCUGCGCCAGCGCAUGAUGCGGGCGCGCUUCCGCAACCCGCUGUCCCGCGCGCCGCGGCCCUCCUCCAGGCCAGGUUAUAACGGCAGGCCCAGCACCAACGGCAGACCGAGCGGACAGAGAGUGAUCAAUGGCCCUCAAGGAACAAAGUGGGUGGUGGAUCUUGAUCGCGGGUUAGUAUUGAAUGCGGAAGGAAGGUACCUCCAAGAUUCCCACGGCAAUCCUCUUCGGGUUAAGCUAGGAGGAGACGGUCGGACCAUUGUGGAUCUGGGAGGGACCCCCGUGGUGAGCCCUGACGGGCUCCCCCUCUUCGGGCAGGGGCGACAUGGCAAACCCCUGGCCAGUGCCCAGGACAAGCCCGUUUUGAGUCUUGGAGGGAAGCCUCUGGUGGGCUUGGAGGUCGUCAAAACAACCACCCGGGCACCCACCACCACCACCACCACCACCACCACCACCACCACCAGCACCACUACCACCGAGAGACCCACCAGUACCCCUCGGCCCACCACGGCAACCCCGCGGCCCAGGACCACCACUCGCCGCACCGCCACCACCACCCGCCGCACCACCACCCGGCGCCCAACCACCACCAUCCAGACCACCACCACCCCCGAGCCCACCACGCCCGUGCCCACCUGUCCCCCUGGGACCCUGGAGCGGCACGACGAAGACGGCAACCUGAUCAUGGGCUCCCGUGGGGCCCCGGAGUGCGCCCCUGAGGAAGAGGAUUUCUCCGGAUUGGACACAGCCCCACCCACGGAGGAGGCCUAUCUUGUCUACGAUGAAGAUUAUGAACUUGAGACCUCGAGGCCACCGGCCUCCACCAGGCCCUUCCACGCAGCCACCACGCCCGCCAUUGUCCCUACGGAAGGCACCAUCAGCUCCUUUCCCGAGGAAGAGUUUGACCUGGCCGGGAAGAAACGAUUUGUUGCUCCUUAUGUGACGUAUCUAAAUAAAGACCCAGCAGCCCCUUGCUCUCUCACCGAUGCUCUGGAUCACUUCCAAGUGGAGAGCCUGGAUGAAAUCAUUCCGACGGACAUGAGGAAGAAUGACCUGCCUCCUCAGCACGCGCCCCGCAAUAUCACCGUUGUUGCCAUGGAAGGCUGCCACUCCUUUGUCAUUGUGGACUGGGACAAAGCCACCCCGGGAGAUGUGGUAACAGGCUACUUGGUUUACAGCGCGUCCUACGAGGACUUCAUCCGGAACAAGUGGUCCACGCAGGCUGCCACCGUCACGCACCUGCCCAUCGAGAACCUGAAGCCGAACACCAGGUAUUAUUUUAAAGUUCAGGCCAAGAACCCUCAGGGCUAUGGACCCAUCAGCCCGUCGGUCUCGUUUGUCACGGAGUCAGACAACCCUCUGCUUGUUGUGAGGCCACCGGGCGGGGAGCCCAUCUGGAUCCCGUUUGCUUUCAAACACAAUCCCGACUACACGGACUGCCACGGCCGGCAGUAUGUGAAGCGGACGUGGUACCGGAAGUUUGUGGGCGUCAUCCUCUGCAACUCGCUGCGGUACAAGAUCUACCUCAGUGACAACCUCAGAGACACAUUCUACAGCAUCGGAGACAGCUGGGGCAGAGGUGAAGACCAUUGCCAAUUUGUGGAUUCACACCUGGAUGGAAGAACGGGGCCCCAGUCCUACAUAGAGGCCCUCCCCAGCAUUCAAGGCUACUACCGCCAGUAUCGCCAGGAGCCCGUCCGCUUCGGCAAGAUCGGCUUCGGGACCCCCUAUUACUACGUGGGCUGGUACGAGUGCGGCGUCUCCAUCCCAGGGAAGUGGUAA